AAAAACAAGGCUAUAAAACGCACUCGCCGACUUUUCUUCGCCUUAAAGUAAAAACAAAACUCGUACAAGUAAAAAGUUUCUCCAGUUAACCUUCUGCAAUACAGUGAAAUGCAUUCUAGAAAUGAUAUUUGUUUUUUAGCCAACGUGUAUUUUUCAUUUUCAUUUGUCAUUUACAGCUUUAUUUUGUACACAGAAUUCACCUUAUCGCACGCGGUCGUUUUACCAGCCAAUGAAGUCGAAGAAGCUUUACUCAUUGGAGCAGACGUGGAAAACGACUCAUUACGUUCGAGCGUCGAGAAAAGAGGUACCAGUAGUACGGCUUGGUUCGGUCCUCGAUUAGGAAGGAAGAAAAGAUCGCUGAAUUUAGCGGAUGACGACUUCGCUGACACGCAGGAUAGUAAAUUAGGUGUUAAUCACAAAAGUAGUCCGAUCGACGAAACGGUGAACGUGGCAUUUUUGCUUAAAAACUACCCCUGGCUUCUGGUUCCAGCUCUGGGUGAUGAAUAUUUAUCGAAACGUCAAGAUAUGAAACCGCGACUAGGACGUGGUGGUAAUACGUGGUCUGACGACGAUGAGAAGAUGAUAAAAGCUCCUCCUUUCUCGCCAAGAUUGGGUAGACGCAGUUUAAUUCCGCUAAAACCACGCCUCGGUCGAGCUGGAAAUAGUCCAGAGACAGCCGUGUUCAAACCACGUUUAGGCCGCGACCCCAAUUUCAACGAAUUUACCGAAUAUAUCGCCGCAGCCGACGCGUAGAUGCUGUGAAUGCGAAAAAUUCUCUGAAAGCCAGUUAUCUCAGAAACAUUACACUUUGCUGCAUACAGUAUUACGGACUACUUUGAAAAUAAUAGACUAAGCAAGAGAUGAAAAUCACCAAAGAUGACAACGACUUAUUUACAGGUUUCCAAUACAAUAAUGAAACUUCAUAAAAAUAAAUUUUUCUAAUCGAAUUCGAAUUGAAUUCACUGUAUAUUCAAAUUCACCAAAUUACUCGCUUUAGAGCUUGAUUAAGUAUUUGAUUUUUCGUAAAUUUUUAAAGCGAGACAAAAAAAUAAUGAAGCCGGUAAUAGUACGUAAGCUAGAUAUUAAAAUACUCAUCGAUCGAAAAAUUAAAAAAUCUGCCUCCAAUGUAAACUUCAAUAAGUAUACUUUAUCAUAUUUUUUUGACCAUAUAGGCAUCAUUUUUCGAUAGAUGAAUUUUCGGUAUAGUUAGAUAGGUAUUUAUAUUUCAAGAAGUAUCGUAUUUCAUUUGGUUUUUAAAUGAGGAUUUGCGAAAAUUUAUGUACAAGAAAAUUCAGCGAAUACUUUUUUCAUGCACUUUUUAUUCGCAAUUUCCACCCAUUAGUAGAUUUCAUUUUGAAUUUUGUAUAAGUAAAUAAAUAAGCUCAUGUUGCAGAAUUUAUUGUUUUCUCCUUAUUCGAGAUUUAGAAAUAUACCUGAGUUGAAAAAAUGAUUUUUUGACCUUUUUUUUCAAAAAAUUUAAAGGCUAUUUUCCAUGUCAAGAUUUUACUUCAAACAUGUCGUUGUCUAUGAAGUUCGUCACUUUUUCAAUGUCGAUGAUUUAAAAAGUUUUGUAAGUACCUACUUCUCCGUAAUUUAUAACUAGGUACACUGAAUUUUAUUCGUUUCUAUCUGUUUAAUAAUUUUUAUAACGUAAAAAAGUACAAAAAGAAUAACGCGUUCUAUACGCCCUAAGUCAACCGAUACGAUUAUGUACCUACCAAUCUGAUAUUGUUAGUUUACAUUUAUAAUGUAAGCGUGUAGAUUAGGUUUACCUAUUGUAAUUACCAAAGUGAAGUGUGAUCUUGUUUUAGUAAAUUUAGAUUAUACUUAAAAAUUUUUAAUGUAAAUAAAUAAACGUUUACUCGCGAAUAAAAAAGAAUACUGGUAAAGUGAA